CACCCGUCCACCCUGAUGUGUCUUUUUAAGAAGAGGAGAUGAGGGUCUCUUGCUGCAGCGAUGCGCGUGGGAACCAGGAACCUCCUCUUGGAGCGAAGACCAGGGAUUGUUUUAAGAAAAUGGCAGACAAACCUGACAUGGCGGGAAUGGCCAGCUUCAAUAAAGCCAAACUGAAGAAGACAGAGACACAGGAGAAGAACAUCCUGCCGACCAAAGAGACCAUUGAGCAGGAGAAGUGGAGUGAAAUUUCUUAAGUACCUGGAGGACUCCCCAC